CACGCGCUCAGAGGGAGCCGGGCCGCCGUCGCAGUCCCCGCGCCCUGCGCCCGGUGGCCCCCCACCUCCGCCCCGCGGCCGCACCUGGCGCCCCCUGGCUCCCCCGGCCCCCGCGUGGCGUGGAGCCAUCUUCCCUCACCUCCUACCGGAACCCUAGCUUGCUCCCGGCCCAUGCGGCCCCCGCGGGCUCCCGGCCCCGGCUUCAGAACUCAGCCCUGCACCUGAGCGCGGGGCCCGGCAGGGUGUGGCGGCGGCGAUGGGGAAACUGCAGUCGAAGCACGCCGCCGCCGCCCGCAAGCGGAGAGAGAGCCCGGAAGGGGACAGCUUCGUGGCGUCCGCGUACGCGAGCGGCCGCAAAGGCGCGGAGGAAGCGGAGCGGCGCGCGCGGGACAAGCAGGAGCUGCCCAACGGGGACCCCAAGGAGGGGCCUUUCCGGGAGGACCAGUGUCCCCUACAGGUGGCACUCCCCCCUGAGAAAGCUGAGGGCCGCGAGCAGCCGGGACAACUCCUCAGCACAGAUGACGGAGAGAGGGCAGCAAACCGCGAGGGCCCGCGAGGACCGGGCGGGCAGCGCCUCAACAUUGACGCACUCCAGUGCGACGUCUCGGUGGAGGAGGGCGACCGUCAGGAGUGGACGUUCACGCUCUACGACUUUGACAACUGCGGGAAGGUCACCAGGGAGGACAUGUCCAGCCUCAUGCACACCAUCUAUGAGGUCGUGGAUGCCUCGGUCAACCACUCCUCGGGCAGCAGCAAGACCCUCCGUGUGAAGCUAACCGUCAGCCCUGAGCCCUCCAGCAAGAGGAAGGAGGGUCCUCCUGCUGGCCAGGACCGGGAGCCCACCCGUUGCAGGAUGGAGGGUGAACUGGCAGAGGAGCCAAGGGUGGCUGACAGGAGGUUGUCUGCACACGUCAGGAGGCCCAGUACUGACCCCCAGCCCUGCUCGGAGCGGGGGCCCUACUGCGUGGACGAGAACACGGAGCGCAGAAACCACUACCUGGACCUCGCCGGGAUUGAGAACUACACGUCCAGAUUCAGCCCUGGGUCCCCUCCUGUGCAAGCCAAGCAAGAGCCCCAGGGCAGGGCCUCGCACCUCCAGGCCCGGUCCCGCUCCCAGGAGCCAGACACACAUGCCGUACACCACCGCAGGUCACAGGUGCUGGUGGAACACGUCGUGCCAGCCUCGGAGCCUGCUGCCCGGGCCCUGGACCCGCAGCCCCGGCCGAAGGGGCCGGAGAAGCAGUUCCUCAAGUCCCCCAAGGGCUCCGGGAAGCCGCCUGGGGUGCCAGCCAGCAGCAAGUCCGGGAAAGCCUUCAGCUACUACCUGCCGGCCGUCCUGCCGCCCCAGGCCCCUCAGGACGGCCACCACCUCCCGCAGCCCCCACCGCCACCCUACAGCCACAAGCGGUACCGCCAAAAGGGCAGGGAGGGCCACUCGCCACCCAAGGCCCCACACGCCCAGCCUGCCACAGUGGAGCACGAGGUGGUGCGGGACCUGCCGCCCACGCCAGCAGGAGAGGGCUACGCGGUGCCAGUGAUCCAGCGGCACGAGCACCACCACCACCACGAGCACCACCACCACCACCACCACCACCACCACUUCCACCCGUCCUAGCGCCACUGCCAAGCACACCUCACUCCCAGCACACCAUGGCCCGCGACCUCAGGGCAGGGAGCAGAGCAGCUGCCAGCUGUGUGCCCAUGGGGAGCCCAUCCCCCCCCCCCCACCUCCGACAGCAAACAGCAACUGACUGCAGGUGCUGGCAUGAUGGAGGCGGUGCACCUUGGACACGUGGACAAGGCCCAGGCGCCCUCUGCUCUUCUGCCCUCGAUGCCACAUGGCGGUGAACACAUCUGAAGCCACUACGUUUCCCGGCUCUAAGGCUCGUCUGUGUAACCCAUAAAACCUGCUUUGAUUCCAAAA